UUUCUUUCUUUCUUUCUUUCUUUCUUUCUUUCUUUUUCUUUAUAUUCUUUUUUUCUUUACUUCUUUUACAAACGUAUAUACACUUUCUCUCUCUCUAUCUCUCUUCUUUAUACAUUCUUGUGCAAAAAAAAAAAAUGGGUUGUCUUGACGAAGCUAAAUCUAUGAACUUUUCUCUCUAUGGACAAUGGCUUGGCAUUAUCUCUAUUAUUUUAUUGAUUGCUUUGGGUAUUGUUGGCUUCCUAGGUCACGUUGUAUUUAGUAUUGUUGGAUGGGUGAUUGCAUUUCUUUUGGUCUUAGUUGAGAUUCCUUUAUGUCUCAAGCUCUGCCCUACAAGUCCUAAGUUGGAUGGAUUCAUUUCUUACUUUGAAAACAGUUACUUCCGCGCCGCCAUGUACUUGGUGUUUGCUGUCAUCAUGUUCCUUUCUAAUCUUCUUAGUGGUGCCACUCCUCUGAUUGCAGCCGCUGUAACUUUAUUGUUUGGUGCUAUCUCAUAUCUUGCUGCUGCUGUCAUGGGUCAAUCAUUUGCAAGCUCAAAAAUUUUGGGUGGUACUGGAACUGAUAAUGUUGUGUAGAGGAAGAAAUGGGGAAACAAGUAAUCCGGUCAAUACGGUGAUGAUGGUUCAUUUGUAUACUUUCUAUUCUAUGGUGUUGAUUUUAUAGUUUAUUAUUUACUAGUCUAGCUAUUUUUUAUUUUAUUUUGUAUAAUCUCUUCACCCCCUUCUAACAUUUUUUUUUUGUAAAUGAUCUAAACAAACUGUUAUAAUAAAGAAACUUUCGAUCGUAUUAGAUGAUAAUGAUGAUCAGGAUGAAUGAUGGGAAAAGCGGCUUAUGAAAAUGUUGCAGGACUUUGUUGGCUCGAUAAGAACACCAAUAAG